CUUACAAUGUUAUUGUUUAUUUCCAGUCGCACAUUUAUGACCUUCAUAUUCUGUCUUUGAAAUUAGAGCUAAAUACAGAUAAAUUAAUCAACUAAUAUAUACUAUUAAAUAUAAAUGAACUAAAUAUAAUCUAACAUACACAAAGUUAAAAACUAGUUGCAAAUGUUUCACUUGUUGCAAAUGUAUUUCAGUGGUCGAUUGCACCUUUUCAUGUCGUCAUCAAAAAGUGACGAUAUUCCCUGGAAGGAAGGAGAGUUCUUUUUUUUUUUAUUGCAGAACCGUGUUGAUUGCUGGAAAGAAACAUGUCUGGCAGAUUCUAUCACGUCAUGGUUGGUCAUCAUGACAACCCAGUCUUUGAAAUUGAGUUUUUGCCUGUUGGUAAAGCUGAGUCAAAGGAUGACCACCGGCAUCUGAACCAGUUCAUUGCACAUGCAGCUCUCGACCUGGUGGAUGAAAACAUGUGGCUGUCUAACAACAUGUACCUGAAAACUGUGGACAAGUUCAAUGAGUGGUUUGUCUCUGCCUUUGUCACCGCAGGACAUAUGAGAUUCAUCAUGCUUCAUGAUGUACGACAAGAAGACGGAAUCAAAAACUUCUUUAAUGAUGUGUAUGAUUUAUACAUUAAGUUUGCAAUGAAUCCUUUUUAUGAAACCAAUGCUCCAAUCCGGUCGACGGCAUUUGACAGAAAAGUGCAGUUCCUUGGAAAGAAGCACCUCUUGAGCUAAUGAACCAACCUGAGUUCUGCACCUUUUUUUAUUUUCUUCAUUGUGUUUAUCAUACACAUCAUUGGUCUACGAUCACCUGUUGGUUGUGUUUUGAUAAGUUCACUAUGGUUUACUUUCUUUAUUCUUACCAACCACAGUAUAAAAGAUAGCAUUGGGCAGUGUUUUAUAAUGAAUUAAUGGCAUGUUUGAGUGUCACCAGCUUUUUGUUGCCUAGUUUGAAAAUGGUCUGUAUGAGGUCUCUAGUUUAAUAAUAGUGACAUGGUCUCUGAGGUCUAGUUUGAUAAUAGUGACAUGGUCUCUGAGGUCUAGUUUGAUAAUAGUGACAUGGUCUGUGAGGUCUAGUUUGAUAAUAGUGACAUGGUCUGUAUGAGGUCUAGUUUGAUAAUAGUGACAUGGUCUGUAUGAGCUUGUUUAAAACAUGUAUAUUUAAUUUCUGAUGUUUGUGAAAUGUUCUAUGUCUUACUGACCAGAUUCUCUCAUCAAAACACUUUCCAAAUAAUUCACUAGCGUGCCUGUGUGUGCCUUUGCCAUACAAACUAAUGGCAGAACAUUUCACUUAUCAUUAAGCAUGUACAAAGACCAGCCGAUGCAAACAAACACUCACAUUCUGUGUGUAAUAGAUCCUGUAUAUAUGCAGUAAUAAUCACUACACCAGAAAACAUUUCCCAAAUGACUUACUGCGGAAGUCUAACUGAUAUCUUUUUCACAUUUAACAAAGUGUUUCCCCCCCCCCCUGUGUAACAGUGGCGACUAAAAACAAACGUCUUCAGGGAAGAUCAUUCAUUCAAGGACUGUUUUUAUUCAAAUAGCAUUUUUCAUUCAACUUGCAUUCCAGUCAUUCCGGACAACACUGCUGUAGCAAAAUUAUAUAAAAGCUGAGCAAAGAAAACUGUUCUCAGCACUCUUAUUUUGUGAGGAUGUACAAUACUGUAAAAUCAAUAAGCAAUGAUUGUUGAAAUCAAAUUUUAGUAUUAAAACUAUACUAGUGGGUAAGAAAAUGAAAUUGAUCUCCAUAAAUGUAAAGAAAAUACAUGUUAGAUAAGACGCCCAUAGAAGGAAAAAAAAUGGACAGGUACAUACAUUAAACAUGGUUUAUCAUAUCCACCACCAUGUCCAAGUUCAUAAUGUAUCACCCAUCUGUUAAUUACAGUAAACCAAGUUAUCAGAACACUGUAAUUCUGUAAUGGUAAAAACAAAGUUCUGUACUAACUUAUUGGUAGAGAGCAGAAUGUCAUGCAGCAUAAGAACUCUUUAUUCAUUUCAUAUUUAUAAUUUCAGCUCGUCCUGUGCAAGUGUUGAACAUUGUGUCCAUUGCAUAAUGAUAAGUCAUUCAUUACGGUAUGUUGUGCAGAUAUCGCAAGGCCAGCAAAUUCAGCUACCAGCACCAAUAAUAUUAUAUGAUAAAGUAAGAGUAAGUAAUAGAGUAAGAAAUCCUAAACCUUCAUUUCUGCUUAGAUUUCUCUCUGUACUAUAAAGUAGUGAUGCUAGAUUAGUGCUUCAACUUUUUCAAAUUAAGACUGCAUAAAUUACUCUGCUUUGUAUUAACAUUUGUUGUAAUAAAUAUUAAUAUAUUA